GACAAAUGUUUCUGCUUUUCUGGCGGGCGGUCACUGCCUUGCUGCUGUGAACUCCAAGGUUAACUUUGCUCAAGACUAGGAAAAAGCUGUGGCAGCUGCGCUCAGGCCAGCUCUGGAAAGCUGGAAUUAAGUGGUUCAUAAGCAGGUGCAGUAGAUCUAGACGUUGUGGACAUUCACACAAGUCAAAGCAGCAUGCAGGAGAACAGCAUGGAUCAGCCCACGUCUUUAUCGCAGCUUCUGCGUGAGAGUUACCUGGCCGAGGCCCGAGCUCAUCACAGACACGGCGAACCCAGCUGCAUAGACGCCCCUCGCCGUCUGGUGUACGGGACGCUCAAGGAGAAAGCAGACGACUCCGGUGGGAAAGCGGAGCCACAGUUCUCGGACCUGUCUGCCUUCCUGAGCCAGGAGGAACUGGACAAGAGCGUCGAUCUGGCCUGCAAAGCCAUCAGCAGCGAUCCUCGAGAACGUGAGGAGAGAUCCGACGCACGUCCACCAAUGAGCCUCUAUAAUCUUCCUUCCAACAAACCCACUCCAGAAACAGAGGUCAUUUCGGAAAGACCAACAGUCCAGACUCCCAUCCAAGACAAUGCGAUCAGGAACGUCAGAAGUGCAAGGGAACCUGCGGCGGAUUUCAAAAGACCUCAGAGAAACGCUCCAUACGGCUUGGAGACCCAAUCCAAGAAGGAGUUCCUCAACAAAGCAGCUGAUUUCAUAGAAGAGCUUUCGUCUCUGUUUAAAGCCAACAGCUCCAAGCGAGUUCGGCCUCGUACUUGCAAACCCCACCGGAGCCGAUGCCAGAACAAAACCCAGCUUGAUGGCACCUCGUACUCCAUUAAUGCAGAAGAUCGAGAAAGACCUAUCCUUCUCAACCAGCAGAUGGAGGAGCUGAUGGAGAGCAGUCGAGUCACGGAGGAGCCUCAGGAGCCGGAGCCGGAGCCGGCGUGUGAGGAACCGGCUCUGAUUCCACCGGAGAGCUCGGAGGAACCCGUGUGUGAACCUCCACACUUCAUACAGAAACUCAAAAGCAGGGAGGUUCCUGAGGGCAGUAAAGUGCAGCUGGAUUGUAUCGUCAGAGGACUGCCUGCUCCUGAAGUUCGGUGGUUUUGUGAGGGUAAAGAGUUGGAAAACAGUCCUGAUAUUCAGAUCAUCGCUAAUGGUGAGCGACACACUCUGAUCAUAGCAGAGGCGUUUGAAGAAGACACGGGCAGAUACUCGUGCUUUGCCUCCAACUUUUAUGGCACAGACUCCACCUCAGCAGAAAUCUACAUUGAGGGAGCAUCUUCAUCAGAUUCUGAUGAAGAAAAACAUUUUCAAGCAGAACUCCAUAAAAGUUCUCCUCAGCCCAAACCUGCUGUGGUCUUGGCAGAACCCAACACAUCUGCUGAAGACACCACACCAACUAUAACAACCACCUUCGCUGAACCACCAGCACCUUCUGACACAGAAGCAGAGCCACCGACUGAGCUGAUUGCUGACCCAACCUCUAAGCAGGAAGAUACAGAACUUCUGAGUUCCAAGGUUGUCAGCUCUGAAAUACCUGUACUAGAACCAACCAUAUCUGUAGUAGAACCAACCGUACAUGUACUAGAACCAACCAUAUCUGUAGUAGAACCAACCGUACAUGUACUAGAACCAACCAUAUCUCUAGUAGAACCAACCGUACUUGUACUAGAACCAACCAUAUCUGUAGUAGAACCAACUGUACUUGUACUAGAACCAACCAUACCUGUACUAGAACCACCAACGCCAAUAUAUGAGGUGGAGCCCACUCCACCUAUUCCUCCACUGACCAUUGCCCCACCAUCACCUCCAUCCAGCCAAAAUAUCUCCGAUGUACUGUUAACAUCUCAACAGAGCAUUUCUGAGAAUCUAAAUGGCAGCAGUAGUUAUCUUCAAAGCUUCGAUGUAAGGCCCAUGAUGGCAGCUCCAGUUUUUACGAAGAACCUCCAGGAUAUCCUGGCUGUAGAGAGUCAGUUGGUAGUUCUGGAGUGCAGAGUAAAAGGCAUUCCCUCCCCUAAAGUGGACUGGUACCGGGAGGGAACACUUGUUGAAGAUUCUCCAGACUUCAGAAUCCUUCAGAAGAAACCAAGAUCCAUGGCUGAAUCUGAGGAGAUAUGUACUUUGGUUAUUGCUGAGGUCUUUCCAGAGGAUUCUGGAACAUUUAUUUGCAUAGCCAGCAAUAAAUAUGGCACAGUUUCCAGUACUGCCGUAUUGAGAGUAAAAGGACACAAUAAUAUCACCACCAACCCUAAAACAACAAGCACUUUAACAGUGGAAUCCUCCCUCCAAAAUGUUCUGGCAACAGAACUGAUGUCAACAACUUUAAAGAGUAAACCAAAUGUUCCUCUGGUAAACAACAAGCUUCACUCAAGUAUGAUGUGCCUUGACCCUUUGAGCUCUGGAUAUAAGCAUUCAGACCUUCAGGACUCUGGAACGCCUCGCUCAGAUUCCCUAAAUCCUAGUACCCUUCGCCAUGAUCUCACCACUAGCCUACCUAGUCUAAACCCUCUCAGCAUUGGAAAAUACAGCUCAGAUACUUUCAGGACUAGUUUACCUCAGCUAGACCCACUCAGCUUCAGUUCUUCUUCAUUGAACUCAGACUCAAACCAUAAGCCUCUCAGCUCUAGCACAACACACUUUGAUUCAGGAGGGUCUGGUUUUAAGCCUUCCACAGAAGUGACCCAAAGUCCACCAAAUGGAUCAACCUCCAGCAUCACUAUGAGCUCUGAUGCCUGGGUUGAACCAUUACCAAAUGGUUCAAAACCAACCCCCAGCCCUUCUGUUACUAGUCUCCCACCAGUAAACUCCAGUAACCAUCAAGAGCAACCAACUGUUAAACCCCUACCAGAUCCCCCAACUUCUUGCCUCAAGACAAGACCCGAGGGUGUGUUAGGGAAUCACAACGAAUCCCGCUCUAAUUCCCGAGUUGGCCUCCGUGUAACCUUUAAACUCCCGGAGGAUGAAGACGAAGAAGAGAAAGGAAUGUCAUCUAAAGAUCCACCACCAGUGUUGGCUAAACCAAAAUUAGACCCAGUGCAGCUUCAGAUCCUCCACAACCAGGUGCUUUUGGAACAGCGGCAGGAAGACGUCUCCCCAAGCCAAGAUUCACCACAUUUAGACAGGAUAAGUUGUGAGCCACCACCUGUCAAGCCAACUCACCCUCCUGCAAAUCCAGUUCCUUCCCAACUUCAACCACCUGCUCUUGUAAUGAACUCUGCUCCAAUUCCACUGCCAAUCCCUGCAUCUGUCCCUCUACUUCCUACAGCACCUGCUCCCAUAUUAAAAGCUGUACCUGUAUCCCAAUUGAGCAUGCUUUUAACCAAUUCCAUGCCCUUGCCCCAACUUACUCCAUCAGCCACAACCUUACACAACCACCCUCCAAUAUUUCAACAAAAUCUGGUUCCUACUACUUUAAGUACUGUUCCACCGGGUAUGGUUCCCUCUAACCUACUAACCCAAACGAAUGUGGUGCCCACUCCUCCUCAGCUGAAUUUGGGGCCAGUCUCACCCAGUGUGGCUUCAGUUACCCCUAUGCCAAGUGUGAUCCCAAUAACUCAACCAGGAGGAGUUCCCAACAUCCCUAUGCCUCCAAAUUUGGGACCUUCUGCACAUUUUCCUCAACUUAUCAUGGCUCCAACCACCCAACCAAACCCCAACCAUGUGGCCAGUGUUCCACCCAUUACUCCUUCCACUCAUAUUUCACAAAUAAACAUGAAUCCAGCCUUGCAGAUGAACUCUGUUCCUGUUAGUGACACGAGUGUUGCCAGAACACAGGCACUGAUAUCACCUAAUGCAUCAGCAGUGAACAACACUGCGCCAAAGUUAAACACCACCACAAAUUCUCAUCCCAGCAUGGCUCCACAAAACACACAUUCUCAAGGUGUGUCUUAUCCACUCCUGGGUACAAUCACCUCAUCACAUCUAGUGAGAAAUCAACCUGCACCCAGCCCGAGUCCAAUGUCUCCACCUCCGUUGAAUGACACCCGGCCUCCACUUCCUGGGAUUAUUCCAGUCUCCACCCAGAGCUUCACCUACACAAGGCCGAAGGAGUUCAUUGCGGCCCAGACACUCUCUCCUAUCAGGAGUCCUUCCCCAACCGAGUCUCCUGUUCCAAUGCUCCAUGAAUUAGCUGCACAGAUAUUCCCGAAGUCGACGCGGGCGCUCACGUCGCCCGUCAACCAGUUCUCUCCAUCCCCAAGAAAGUUCCCAACAAGAGUUCUGGAGUGUCCAAGCAGCCCACCAUAUGUGUCCUCACCACCUCUACUGCCUCCUGGGCUGGUGAAUUCAGUGUUUUCUUUUAGAACUCAGUCACCCCCACAAGCUUCUUCACCAACGUCUAGCAGCUCCACUCCUAGCCCCAUCCAAAAUCCAGUGGCCUUCCUUAGUUCAGUCCUUCCUUCACUUCCAACAUCUCUUCCGACCAAUGCCAUGGGCCUGCCUAAGAGGGCCCCACCUGGGCCUCAAGGUGCACUAAAGAAGAAUCAAAGAGGCUCCAGGCUCAUGUCUGAUGAUGACAUCCGCGAGAGCAAGGAAACACUGUUACAAGAUAUUGAGAAGAAAUUGCAAUUUAAAAAUGAACAGCUUAGUUUUGGACAGCAGAAGCAGAGUUAUUGGGGGGAAGUGAGCCGACCGCUCGGACCAAACAUUCCCACUGCAACUGUCAUUAACUAUGACGAGGAAUACAAGGUGUCGAGCUUUGAGCAGAGGCUAAUGAGUGAGAUCGAGUUUCGUUUGGAAAGAACUCCGGUUGAAGAGUCGGACGAUGAAGUUCAGCAUGAUGAAAUUCCCACUGGAAAAUGCAUCGCGCCCAUCUUCGACAAGAAACUGAAGCACUUCAGGGCUGUGGAAGGGAUUCCUGUCACAUUUACCUGUAAAGUUGUUGGAAUUCCGAUUCCUAAAGUUUACUGGUUUAAGGAUGGAAAGCAGAUUUUGAAGAAAAACGAGCACUAUAAGAAGAUCAGAGAGGGUGAUGGGACGAGUUCAUUACACAUAGAAACCGUCACAAGUGACGAUGACGGCAAUUAUACAGUCAUGGCAGCGAAUCCACAGGGCAGAAUAAGUUGCUCUGGCCAUUUGAUUGUGCAAACGGGUCCCGUGCGAAACCGUCCCGUGGUUCACUCGCAGAGAGUCCGAGCACGUGUACAGGAAGUGGAGGGCGAGCCGACUCAAGAGCGCUUCUUUCGUCCGCACUUCCUGCAGGCUCCGGGAGACAUGUCGGCUCACGAGGGAUGCCUCUGUAGGUUAGACUGCAAGGUGAGCGGGUUACCUCAUCCUGAAAUCAUGUGGCUUCUCAACGGGAAGCCCAUAUAUCCAGACCUCACUCACCGAAUGCUCGUGAGAGAAAACGGGAUCCAUUCUCUGGUUAUUGACCCUCUGACUCAAGCCGAUGACGGGAUGUACACCUGCAUCGCCUCAAAUAAAGCGGGACAGAGUUCAUUCUGCCUCGAGCUCAGAGUAGUGGAAAAAGAGCUGAAGCAGGCGCCGCAUUUUGUGGAAAAGCUGCAGAACACAGGCAUCGCCGAGGGCACCCCGGUGCGUCUGGAGUGCAGAGUUGUGGGAAUGCCACAGCCGGUCAUCUACUGGAAGAAAGACAAUGACACAAUCCCUCACUCGAGGGACAGAGUCAGCAUGCAUCAGGACACGACAGGUUAUGUUUGUCUACUGAUUCAACCGACCAGAAAGGAAGAUGCUGGCUGGUACACGGUGUCUGCUAAAAAUGAAGCAGGAAUCAUAUCAUGCACAGCAAGACUAGACAUAUAUGCUCAGUGGUAUCAGCACGUUCAUCCACCGAUGAAGAAAACGCAGUUUGUCGGGAGUCGCUACGCUGCUCUCACCGGCCAGGGUCUGGAUAUAAAGUCAGCCUUUUCCAUGAGCGACAACGGCCCCGUCAUAUUCUCUGCCUCCCAACAAGAGCGAAGGCUAGAAAGUGAGGAGCUGUAGAUGCUCGCAGGUUAAUGCUGGUGCACUGAUGAUUUAAAGACAGCACAUUGUGUUGAGUAGAUGGAGUAACAAUCUAAAAGCAAACAAGGAUCUGAUGUUUCUGCACUCAUUUGUUGUUGUAUGUGUCUUUACACGGGCCUAUUAUUUAUAGGAAUAGUUCAGCCAAAUAUGAAAAUGGGCUAAAAAUCUGCUCAUCCACAGGCUAUCCAAGAUGUAGAUGAGUUUGUUUCUUCAUCAGAUUCGGAGAAAUGUAGCACUGCAUUACUGUCUCACCAAUGGAGUGAAUGGGUGCCGUCAGAAUGAGAGUCCAAACAGCUGAUAAACACAUCACAAUAAUCCACAGCACUCCAUCAGUUAACAUCUGGAGACGUCAAAUGCUGCGUGUUUGCAUGAAACAAAUCAAUCAUUAAGAUGUUUUCAACUAAAAUACGAGUCCAUAAUUCAUAAUAAUGCUUCCUCCAGAUGUUAACUGAUGGAGUGGUGUGGAUUAUUGUGAUGUUUUUAUCAGCUGUUUGGACUCUCAUUCUGACGGCACCCAUUCACUGCAGAGCAUCCAUUGCUGAGACACUGAUGCAAUGCAAGUUUUAAGUUUUGGCUGAACUAUAUUUAGAUCUAAUGGUAGAUGAGCAUCUACAGGUUGUUUUUCCUCACUGCAUUUAACUUUAUUUGCACAUGAUUUUUUCCUUUAAUUGAUAACAUUUGUGCCAUUUGAGGCAUUAUGCAAUUUUGUUUUGGUCAGUUUGUUGUAAUUUUUUGUCUGUUGUGCCCUUUGCAUUUUAAUCUGCUCUUUUUAUUAGACUGUGUGUCUGUUGCAUUACCAACUGUGAAUGUGGGCUUCAGCUGGUUUUAUUUAACACAUGAACUACUGCUAUUGUUUCAUGUUUCGGUAUAAUAAAGAAAGCAUGAAAGAUUUAGAAAGUGAGAUUUAGAGAUUUAUUUUAAACAAAACUAUACUUUCCAAAUGUCACGCUGUCAUCUGAUCCUAAAUGAAGCCUGAUCAAAUCUAUUGCUAAUCUAUUUAAUAAAGAACGAUAUAAGAAUGGGAAGAAUUGCAUUAUAUAAAUUCUCUUACGCUGCAUGUGAAAGGAAAAAAUGAAUUUUGUCUUGUUUAUAUAAUGAAUACUGCUGCUUCAGGCAAUUCUCUGUAGAGCAAUAUGACAAUCUUAUAUUAAUAAGAUUAUAUAUUAAAUAUUAUAUUGGAUAUUAUAAGUUGUUGUGGAAGUUUACAAAUCCAAUGUAUUGUUAUACUGUCACUAGAAUAAAUAAAUGCAAAUACCUAACUUGUGAAAAUGUACAAUAGUUGUUUUUCUUGAAAAUAAAGUUAUAUUUAUUCAAACAAGGA